AUGGUAGCUAUUAGGCCGAUCUGCACGUACAGGGUCAUUAUGAUCCGGUCGGCUUUGGCACAAGAUUACGAUGUGACGGACAUCCAAUGCACAUUCGCGAGCGGAGGCUCUGGACUUCGAGAUUCAGUAACAGCCUUAUUAAGGAAGCCAGAAGGAUUCCGUGGGGCGCCCUUGUUUGCUGAUGACCGGGGCACUGACCCCAUCGCAGAUCCAGUAUGUCAAAUAAGACCAGAACCCGAAGACGCCACGGGUUUGCUCUACAGGCUUCGGAUCACCGACUUCUCAAGAUGUGGAGUAUUGAAGCGAAAUGGUUUCGUGCACGUGCGAGUGUGGUUCCCUCAAUUUCCGGGCGUGGUAAUGCAAUCAGACCAAGAGCUGAUCAUCAUGUGCAAGCCUCCUGAACCUACUAUUAUCGAAAACAAGGCGGCGGGGUUCGCUGGAAGUUUCCCUCACGGAGCUCGCGUGUCGGGAGUGGUGGAAGAAACACCAGGCAGACUUGAAUACGAAGUGGCUUUAUACAAGGAGGCACCGCCCGUAACCAGGCAUUCAAAUCAUUCUGUCGAUUUGCCCGUGGACCAGGCUGUACCAAUCGGCACUAAGCUUCAGCUUCGAGCUCGCAUCAACCCCGACUCGGCGUGGCGACACAUCAAGCUGCUGGAAGUAGCAGUGUCCCCCGACCCUGACAGACCACAUGCGCCCGGAUCCGUAUUACUUGUCAAAGACGGGUGCCGAAAUCGCGACUUUGCGUCCAUCAUACCGCAUCAACCCGCGCGGUACAGGGAGAGACACAACGAAGUGUUCUUAGACUUCGAAGCUUUCUUAUUAGCUUCAAUGAAAGAGCGAUCCACAUUAUGGAUACAUUCGCAAAUCAAGGCGUGUAUGGAUGCCGCCGAUUGUCAACCGGACUAUUGCCUCGAUCUAUUUGAGCCAUCGGGCACGACAGGUCACGGCCGUCGACGAAGAUCUCUUCCAGAUCACUCUAGCAACGCCACGAGUGCAGCUUUAGUGGCUGAUAACUCUACCACUCCAUACACAAGAUUUAAGGAAAACUUAGAAUACACAGUCGUCAUGCCUGGAGAGUUGUUCCACAGAACGCCGAUAGAAGCGACUUGCGCGACCUCGAUGAUGGUCGCCGUUGCGUUAGGCGCCUUAUUGUUUAUGUCAGCUUUAUUGAUGUGUUACUUGGCUACAAAACUAAACUCUACCAUAUUGAAAAACAACAAUCUUCAAGCUCCGACGGGUAAAGGCUUCGAACAAAUAUUAAGAGAGCUGGCACACCACUCACUCCCGGACACUGGUUAUACAGGACGUCCCACUGUGCAAUGAAAAGUACAAGUUUUAAAUAUAUUAAAACAUAAUUAUUAUGUAUUUGUGGACAUCACACUUUAUUGUUGCAAAUCCAGUUUUGAACACUGUGGAUUACGUGACGUAUUACUCUAUUCUACAGAAUAGUAUACGCAUAGGGAUAAACUACUACCAAAACUAUUUUAUGCCUAUUAUAUACAAUUUUAUUUACGUAGAUACUACUUAAGAUUCCAAACAUAUAUUUAUUUCGGUUUAAUAUUUAUCUAUUAAGUACUCGUAGUUUAUGGUAAUUUAUUAUGAUGUAUAAUUUUAUGCGUGAAUAUUUUAAAACUUAUGACUGAAAAAAUGCAAGCUUUUCGAAGCUUAACCAUUUUUUUCAGUCAUGACUGUCAAUAUAGGUAAAAGUACCAUUGAUUUAGCAUUAUUACUUAAGUAUUACUUUUAAUAAUAACUUAUGAAAAUACAAUACACAUUUAAAAAUGA